AUGGCCGAACGGCUUUCCGUUGGUUCGUUGCGUGUUAUAAACACCUCAGAUUCUUCGUCUUAUCCUCCAAAUCCUGUUCUUCAGGUAUUGACGGUUAAAGAAUUAAACUCGAACCCCACAUCUGGAGCACCUAAACGCUAUCGUGUUGUUCUUUCCGACUCCAUUAACUAUGCACAGUCCAUGCUUAGCACUCAACUCAACCACUUAGUAGCUGAAAAUAAGCUUGCGAAGGGUGCUUUUGUGCAACUCACACAAUUUACGGUCAAUAUCAUGAAAGAAAGAAAGAUCUUGAUUGUUCUUGGUCUAGACGUAUUAACUGAACUUGGAUUCAUGGAAAAGAUUGGAAACCCGGCCGGGUUAGAAACUGUAGACUCACUGCGUCAACAACCUCAACCUCCCGUAAAUGAAGGAUCCUUGAAUCAACCUUCUGCGCCCGCCAACUAUCCUGCUAACACAGGUAGUUUUUACGGAAAUAACUCACCCAGUACUGCACCUGCUCCUCCCCCGAUGGUAAAGAGACCUUCGGGUCCUAAUCCAGCAAAUGGUUACAGCACUAUCAUCUAUCCUAUCGAAGGUCUUUCUCCUUAUCAAAACAAGUGGACCAUUCGGGCUCGUGUUACCAACAAGUCCGAUAUCAAACACUGGCAUAACCAACGUGGCGAGGGAAAGCUUUUCAGCGUCAAUUUAUUAGAUGAAAGUGGCGAGAUUCGAGCUACUGGGUUCAACGAUCAGGUGGACGCUUUUUACGACAUUUUGCAUGAAGGCCAAGUUUACUACAUCAGUCGCUGUCGUGUCAACAUCGCCAAAAAACAAUUCACGAAUGUUCAGAAUGAGUACGAGCUUAUGUUUGAGCGUGAUACCGAAAUAAAAAAAGCUGAAGAUCAAUCCGCUGUACCUGUAGCAAGAUUUAGUUUUGUCUCGUUACAAGAAGUUGGCAAUGUUGCCAAGGACGCUGUAAUUGAUGUUAUUGGUGUCUUGCAAAGUAUCGGUCCUGUGCAACAAAUCACCAGCCGCGCUACUUCUCGGGGUUUUGAUAAGCGUGAUAUUACUGUUGUUGAUCAAACUGGGUUUGAAAUGAGGAUUACUUUAUGGGGAAAACUUGCAAUUGAAUUCUCCGCUCCCGAAGAGAGCGUUUUGGCCUUCAAGGGUGUAAAAGUAAACGAUUUCCAAGGUCGAUCUUUAUCUAUGUUAACUAGUAGCACCAUGUCUACUGAUCCCGAUAUCCAAGAAUCUCACCUGCUGAAAGGCUGGUAUGAUGGACAGGGUAGAGGCCAAGAUUUUGCCAAACAUAGCAAUAAUGCAUCAAUCAGCUCCGUUUCUGGACGCUCAGCGGAAAGGAAGACCAUUGCAGACGUUCAAGCGGAACAUUUGGGCAUGUCCGAAACACCUGACUAUUUUAGUUUGAAAGGUACAAUUGUUUAUAUCCGAAAGAAGAACGUAUCGUACCCUGCGUGCCCUGCGCCAGAUUGCAAUAAAAAGAUUUUCGACCAAGGGGGUUCUUGGCGAUGUGAGAAAUGUAAUAAAGAAUAUGAUGCUCCUCAAUAUCGAUACAUUAUGACUAUUGCAGUUGGUGAUCAUACUGGACAACUUUGGUUAAAUGUUUUUGAUGAUGUUGGCAAAAUAAUUAUGCAUAAAUCUGCGGACGAACUUAACGAUUAUCAAGAGAACGAUGAAAACGCUUUUAUGAAUUGUAUGGCUGAAGCAUGCUACAUGCCAUAUAUCUUUCAAUGUCGCGCAAAGCAAGAUAACUUUAAAGGAGAGACUCGUGUUCGUUACACUGUCACUUCCUUAAGUCAAAUGAACUGGCAAGAAGAAUCCAAGAAAUUGAUUGAUUAUAUCCAAGGUGCAAACUAA